UUUUCAGGAAAUGCAGGAUAGUUAUGGUUGAGUCCAACACUGAUUUGAGGAGUAUAGCGAUGAAGUGUAGAAAGCCACUAUGCAAAAUUAUUUUACUGUCCUUAGGCAGUCCUUUACUGUCCAUAUCUCAGAAUGCAUUCAAAUAUUGUACCCCAUGUAAAAAUGACCCCAUGUAUGCAAUGUGCCUCAUAGAGGCAGUGUUUUGUAGAGGCAGUUUCAGAAGUCUAGAUCUAGUCCUACCAAGAUGACAGGGAUGUUGGUGUGAGAGACUAACAUGGUUUUUGAUUGAACUCAUGCAUGCACCUGUAAUUGUAUUCUCAUUUUUUAAAUGUAGAUCCCCAAGUGGAGUAUGCCCAUACAACUGCAGCCCUAAAUUUGUGAUUCGGUACUAAUAGCAUUGCUUGACGUUAGUGCAUCUUCCCCACCCUCCAUCCAUUUAGCAUUAGCGAUUCUAAAGUUUCUCUUAAUUAUUGACAUUGUAAGUACGCAUCUGUUCUGUUAGCCACAAGUCAUGGAAAAGUUCCCAAAGGAUGGUGUUUAUUCUGAAAGACUAGCCUUAAAGAGACAGGCAACAAGCACCAUCUGAGCAGAAACACUAACUUGUGUGUGAUCAGGGAGAGCACAGUGUCUGUUCAGUCUUUCGGAAGGGACAGUAUGGCUGUGUGUGUGCAUGUACGCAUGUCUGAAUGUCUAUCUGAAUGAGAGGAUGUGCUUGUGUGCGUUCCUAUUACUUAACUGUACAUGUUCGACUUUACAAACUGCCUGAAAGUGCUUGUAUGCCAAUAUUUGUGAUACAUGUAAGUUGAUGGAAUGAUGUCUGUUCAGAUUCGAUAGACUCAUUAAACCCUAACAACAACAGUCUGGUCUCUGUGAGAUUGCUUUGCAGGAUGUCCUCAAUAAUUGCUAAGAUCUGCAGAGUCAUCCAAUGCAUCCCCAUUCAGUCCUCCAGAUGGCUGCUAUGACUCACAGCAGUCUGGUAUCUGUCGUCAUUUCCCUCUGUUCCUACUAAGCAGAGCCCCGGCCAGACUAUACCAACCAAUUCCUCUCGAAGCCAAGGGAGAAUCUGCUGCAGUCUGUUGGCAAAACCUUCACUUAGACACGUGUUUCCUACCAAAUAGAGCUGGAAUCAGAGACAGCCCUCUUUUUGUAUUACCUGUUAGGCUGUGAUGAGAUGUAUACCAUCACAUGUAGUGUCCUUGAUGCCCAGGGCUGUGCAAACCCUCCCCUCGGUAUGCCAGUCAGGAGAGAAGCCUGAACAAAGCCAUGAGAGAAGAGCUGCUGGGAGAGUGAAAGAACUGAUACUCUCACUGACUGUCGCCUGGACAACCAGCCACAGGAGGGAGGGAAGAGUGAAGGAAAGGGAGAAAACAACCAAACAUAAUUGUCAUGGUGGCCAAGACACAUUGAGUCUUGUAUCAGAGAGGCUGCACAAAGGUGCAGGCGCUCUCCCUAGUGGAGCUAGAACACUGAACAUUAAACAGAGAUCAACAGAGCGAAUCAAGUGAACAUCUGGAGAACAAGUUUGAAAUGAAAUUGUUCAGCACAGGUUUGCAUCCUCGAAGGACUCCAUAGGGCUGCACACCCCGUCAGUUCAUACCUCUACUCAUCAAGCUCAGGUGCUCCAGCCAUGGACUUGGAAGACGAGACGUUGUUAUUCCAGAGCAGCUGGGAUGCUGAGAAAGAAGAGGAGGGGAAGGAGGAGGGCGGGGAGUCAGAUACACAGAUUAAUGGGAGAACCGGCACCACUGGAGGCAAUGGCGUUUGGGGAGCAGUGGGCUGGGUCUACACACAGCCCUGGGUAAGUGGUGUUGUCCUGGGAGUUGGAGUUUUUCUCCCCUGUGCCCUCUCUGCCUACAUGUUCCUAUACUGCCCCCCAUUGGACAUAGACCUUUCCUACAGUGCCUUUGAGGUUCACAGCCACUUCUCCGCUGAGCGGUUUGAUGCACUCACCAUUGCCAUAAAGACUCAGUUGGGGUCCUGGGACAGACGCAGGCGUGACGUGGACCCCUAUGACUCCACCACUCUACAGGAGCUGCUGUUGGACAUGCUGGGUAGGCAGGGAGAUGGAACAUCCAACAGGACAUCACAUGGAGGGCUGACCUCAACAUCUCUGAAAAAAAACUUGUUCAAAAGAGUAGUUAUGGAACAGAGAGGAGAUGCCCUGAGUCAGCGAGAGACUGAGAGGCAUGGAGAGGCUAGGGGUGGUAAACUAGAGGUAAGAGAGGAGGAUAAAAAUACAACUAAUUUAGGAACAUUUGAGAGUCGUAAGUCCAUAGAAGGAGAGGGUGACAGGGAUAGUGAGAGAUCUCAGACUAGGAUGCGCAGGUUUGCCCCCAACUACUCAUAUCUGCAGAGCCAGGCCCUGUGGAGGAUGGAGCUGGUGUUUGUAGCUCAGGGUGGGGUGGACAACAACAUCUUCACCCCAGAGCGUCUCCGCACCAUCCACCACAUAGAGCGCCUGCUCAUGCAGCAUCCCCAGUUCCAACAGUUCUGUUGGAAGCCUCUGGAGGUCCUGAGAGACCUGCCCCUAGGCCCCUCCUACUGCUCCCCUCCAAGCUCCCUCCUCUCCUACCUCUUCCCCAGUGAACGGGGAGGCAGGAUCUACUACGAUGGCAUGGGACCCAACCUGGCUGACAUCCAUGGUGCUCUGAGUCUAGCGAUCACCCACCCACAGUUCUACUGGUAUGUGGAUGAGAGUCUGGCCCCUGACCGGCUCUCCUCCUCUCUCCUGCGCAGUGAGAUCCAAUUUGGAGCUCCACUGCCCUCUUACUGCUCCCUCCAGGACCGGCCUGAGGAGCAGAGAAGCCGCUUCAGGAACUUUGUGGUUCAGUACGCUGACAUCCUGGCUCAGCAGUCCACCAGCCAGGUGAAGGUGUUGUAUGGGGGCACAGAGCUGUUUGAUAACGAGGUGAGACAGACCUUCCACAGAGACAUGUUGCUGGCGCUGAUCAGUGGAGGCUGCAUCACUCUGCUGGUCUAUUUCCUCACCUCCUUCUCAAUGUUCCUGACAUUCUUUGGGCUCACUAGCAUUGGUCUGAGCUGCCUGGUCGCUCUUUUUCUCUACCAUGUGGUCUUUGGGGUGAGAUACCUAGGCAUCCUCAAUGGGGUUGCAGCCUUUGUGAUCAUUGGCAUUGGUGUGGAUGAUGUGUUUGUGUUCAUCAGUACCUUCAGACAGGCUUCCCACUUAGUCCAUCCAGUCCAGAGGAUGGUGUACACGGUGAAAACAGCUGGCCGGGCAACCUUCCUCACCUCCUUCACCACCGCAGCCGCAUAUGCUGCCAACACCUUCUCACAGAUUCCGGCCGUGCAUGACUUCGGCCUAUUCAUGGCCCUCAUCGUCAGCUGCUGCUGGCUUUGGGUGUCCAUCCUCAUGCCCGCUGCCCUGUGUAUCUGGACCCAGUGUAUUGACCCCCAGGAGAAUUCCUGUCUCAAAUGGUGGAAGGCACUUGCAGGACUGCCAGUGAGCCACAGUCCUUUGUCAGAUGAGGAUGACGACGUGACCCUACUGUCAGUGGAGAUGGAGCCAGGCUCCUGUGACACAGAUGUAGAUGCAGCCAUUUUGUCCCUGUCAGUGGAGACUUCUCUCUCACCACCAGAGCAGGGAACUUCAGGCAUGGUCAGCAUUUACCUUCAGUGGGCUCUGAGGCACUGGGUGGCAGAGCCUGCCGUGGAGAACCGUAAAGUCAUUCUAGGAAUCUACUUCCUGGUCCUGCUGCUGUCUGCUGGGUGCUGCUGCCUCCUACGGCCGGCCACUCAUGCCCCGUUACUGUUUCGUCCAGACACCAACCUCCAGACUCUGCUGGGACUGAGGAACAACCUCAGUGCCCAGGGCAUAUCCUGCCACAUGUGCUCUGGUCUGUUCAUGGAGAAACCUCAUCUUCUGCACAGCCCUACCCAUACUACCCCCUCCGUGGCUUGGUUUCACCCACAUCAACAUACCAAAAACAAUUCAAACUCAACUCUACGGAGCCCAAUCACACCAAGCACUUCCUCCAUCACAACAGGGCCUCUGCUGACCGUGUAUGUCUCUAAGCUGGAUGUAGGCGCUUCUAUCACUCUGUACCGCUUCUCUCUGAAUACUAGCAUGCCCUCGCCUUGGAAAAGCCUCAGUCCUAGGAAUGGAGAAGUUCCAUCCUUUCAGGCUUACAUUGAACCUCACAGCAACUUCAGCACCCACAUGACUGUGUGUGUGUCCCACCCCAGCCCUCGCUGGAUGAUCACUUCCCAGUCAUGUGACCCACGCCACGGCUGGAGGUCAGAGUUCAGCUUCUAUGUGGCAUCGGCUGAGCAGCAGCACAGCAGGAGGCUGUAUUUUGCCCAGCACAAGCUUAGCCCUCAUCCAAGCCGAGUGUGUGCAGAACCACCUGGUUGUGUGAUCAGCUCCGGCCCUGACGGACCCACAAGGGGCUACUUCUACACACCGCUCCCCACAGAUUCCACCUCAACGAAAAGGUCCAGGACCUCCGGUUUUAACCCCUGUAGUGGAGGUGGCUGUGGCCAGCCAGCAGUCCGUCCUCUGGUUGACACUGGUGCCAUGGUGUUUGUAGUUUUUGGAAUACUGGGAGUCAACCGCACCCAACGCACAGACAACCACGUCAUUGGGGACAUGGGCAGUGUGAUAUUGGAUCCAAACUUUGAUAUCUUCCAAGAGAUUGGUCAUCUCUGCCAAAUCUGUAAAGUCAUCAGUGCUAAUAAACAGCUUGUGAAGCCGGGAGGAGCCCAAUGUCUACCCUCCGGCAACAAGCUUUCUUCUAUCCUGCCCUUACUCCAUCCAGACUGCCACUCACUCCCUGAGCCCAACCUGUUGCCAGGCCAGCUGUCCCAUGGGGCCGUGGGAACACACGGUGGCAGAGUGCGCUGGCUCUCCAUGGCCUUUGAGUCUACUACCUACAAGGGGAAAUCCUCUUUCCAGACUCGCUCAGACUUCCUCCAAUGGGAGACCUUCCUACAAGAGCAGCUCUCAGCUCUCCCAGAGUCCUCUGCUCUACGGAAAGGUUUCCAGACCUGUGAGCACUGGAAGCAGAUCUUUAUGGAAAUCAUAGGUGUGGAGAGCGCCCUCUGCAGUCUGCUCCUGUCCCUGGCCAUCUGUGUGGCAGCUGUGUCUGUUUUCACUGCCCAUACGCUUCUGCUGCUGCCAAUACUGUUCACCAUUAUGGGGGUCAUCUGUCUGGUGGUGGCCAUCAUGUACUGGCUGGGCUGGGAGUUGGGGGCCAUGGAGGCCAUCUCUCUGUCCAUCCUAGUGGGCUCCUCAGUGGACUACUGCCUGCACCUGGUGGAGGGCUACCUGCUGGCUGGGGAGACCGUACCAGCCACACCAGAACACUUGGAUCUGUCAGCUAAAAGGCAGAGACGGACCCUAGACGCAGUGAACCACGUAGGAGUUGCCAUAGUGUCCAGUGCUGUCACCACAGUCAUUUCAACCAUCCCUCUCUUCUUCUGUGUCAUCGUGCCUUUUGCUAAAUUUGGUCAGAUCGUGGCCAUAAACACAGUAGUAUCCAUCUUGUUCACCCUGACUGUGACAGCAGCCAUGUUAGCCACCAUGGGCCCUGCCAACUUCCACAGGCCUCCCGGUGCAGUGCUGAAGGCCAGCCUGGCAGUACUGGGUACCACAGCCUUUGGCGUUGCCCUGUGCUGGGCAACUAGGACCAGUCCCUGGCACACAGUAGUCACCAUGUGACCACAAACUCAACCACUACUGUUACAUCUGUAAGCAAACCUAAGAGGCUUGGUAUAAACCUCAGUUUAUCAUUGUUCUAUACAUGCAGCUGUAAGGUUUCAGAUACGUAAAAGCAUCUUGUUGAAGUAGACCAUUCUUGAUGUGGAUAAAGUUUAAUCGUUUUUUUACCAAAAGAACAGAAUGUGGUCUCUUGAGAAUAAAUAGUCUGCAGAAUAGGUUUUGGUUUCUGUGGAUGCAGCCUACUGCAGCCUACUACAGAAGGAGAUUACACAGUGUUGAUUUAAAUACUGGUUGGAUCCACGUUGUUCUAUUGUCCAUGUUACUCUGUUCCUGAGAAUAUUUAUUUUUUUAGAAAAUUGCUAGCUUCUCUGACCUGCUAUUAGCACUAACCUCAUCUCUGAUGGUUGGAAACCACACUUUGAGGUCCAAGAAGACAUGUGUUGAAUCAUAAUAAAAACAUGAAUCAUU